AUGGGAGACUCGUUUGAUUUCAUCAUUGUUGGAGCUGGCCCAGCUGGCACCGUUCUCGCAACUAGACUUGCAAAAUCGCCAGCCGCACCUAGCGUGCUGCUCCUUGAAGCCGGUGGAGCGAACAAUGAUCCCUCAUUAGAUCAACGCCUGAUCUCCAACCGAAUGACAACAGCGUCUACGAAACCCGACUUGAAUUGGGGUUACAAGACAGUACCUCAAUCGCACCUCGCGAACCGUGUGAUCGACUACAGCAGGGGCAAAGGCUUGGGCGGGUCCACUCUGAUCAACUUUGGAUUCUGGACGGUCCCUCCAUCAGCUGAUUACGAUCGAUGGGCGAAAGUAGUUGGUGACGAUGCCUUCUCCUGGAAGCAGAUGCAGCAGAGAUUGAGGAAGCUCGAGCGAUAUCACUCCAAAGUCGAGGGACCUGUCGAGCGAUACUGCUAUCCUUCGCCGCAGGAUCAUGGCUCUGACGGAGAACUCGAUGUUGAAGUGCCAAAGGUUAUCGAGCCGGAGGUCUUGUCGUUCUUCGCUGAGAUUGAGAAGGCUGGAAGCCCCAUCAACAGAGAUUUGAACUCUGGCGAUCCGAUUGGGAUUGGCCUUAUGGUUUCUUCCAGUCACCGCGGCCUUCGAACCACCGCUCAAGCAGCCUUCCUUGAGCAUACCCCAAGCAACUUGGUUGUGAGGGCAGACAGCGCUGUCGAUCGAAUCGUUCUACAGGACAAGACUGCAGUUGGCGUUGAAGUCGAUGGGAAAAUUUUCAGGGCAUCGAAAGAGGUCAUCCUCUGUGCUGGAGCACUCGAUACUCCGAAGCUUCUUAUGCUGUCUGGUAUUGGUGAUAAGGACGAACUGAAGAAGCACGAUAUUCCUGUCGUGCAAGAUCUCCCUGGCGUCGGCCAGAAUCUUCAGGAUCAUACCUGGGUGCCUUGGGCGUACCAAAGGAAGGCCCCUCCUAGUCAGUCGUACGAUGCUUGGCACAACGAUGAGGCAGCUGCAGCAGCUCGCCGACAGAUUGAAGAAGACGGCACUGGUCCGUUCGCAGUCAAUGGCCAAGGAUACGUCCUCGGAUUUCUCAAAGACGAAACGACGUUGAAAUCCGACGAGUUCAAGGCGCUGCCUGCUGCGGUCCAGCGCCACCUCGAGGAGCCCACCGUGCCAACGUUCGAGACGGCGUUCGCCCUCAUGAGUCCAAUGCCAGGUAUGGAUCCGACGAAAAGCUAUCUUAUGACCGCCGUUCUGCUCCAGAACAACCAAUCGGUGGGAAGUGUACGACUGGCAUCUUCCAAUGCGAAGGACGCUCCCAUUUGUGACCCGGCUCUUCUGUCCCAUCCAUUUGAUAGGACCUGCUUCAUCAAUGCCGUCAAGGCUGCCGUGAGUAUUCCCGGAAAUCCAACGCUGUCCGACGAUAUCGACUUCCCGCUCAAUGCCCCGAGCUUUGCAAGCGAUGAGGAGAUCUGGUCGUUUCUUCAGCAGAACGCUGGAGCUACAUGGCACAUGAGUUGCACGGUGAAAAUGGGCCAAGAAGAUGACGAGAGCGCCUGUGUCGACACACACUUCCGACUCAGAGGGAUCGAGAAUCUCAGAGUCGCAGACAUGAGCGUCACGCCAUUCCUGCCCGGUGCUCAUCCCACAUUGACGGCGUACCUAAUUGGGGAGACAGCUGCUGAGAAAAUGAUUGCAGAGUACGGGCUGAACACGCAAUCGAAGGCUUAG